UUUAGGUAGACAUUGCUAGUGAGGAAGAACUUGCUGUCUGCUGGGUCAUCAGGCAAAAGGAUUUCAGCCCACUUCCCCUUCCUUUCUGCCCUCCCCUGGGGAAGACAGGCCUACCCCUCCCACGGAGGACAGGCUGUGCCGAGGAGUUAAAACGCCUUGACCGGGUUGGGACCUGUUUUCUCUCUUCUGGGACCAGCUCACUGGGAUUUCGCAGGCAGGUAGACUGGCCGGGCCAGGCGCAGGUGGCGCGCUGACGGUGGGAAAGGUGUGCAGUGACAGAUGACCCAAAAUGGGCGCAACUGGGAGGCCAGAGCCCAAAAUGAGGACGCCCUCCUGGUCCUGGCUGCUCUGCCGAGUGUCCAUCGCGCUGCCACUUCUUGUCCGAGCAGAUACUUGCAAGGAUAGGGAUAUGCAUCAUGAGGCAAUAUCAGCAGACCAGCCCUUUGCCUUCAAUUGUACAAACCCUCCACUCACAUAUGGGGAAGUAAAUGUAGUGUGGUAUGAUGCUGCUAGCAAAGCUCCCAUUUCCAAAGACAAUCAGUCUAGAAUUCACCAGGAACACACCUGGAUUUUGAUUCUUCCCCUGAAACUGGAAGACUCAGGCAUCUACCUAUGUGUUAUAAAGAAUGCCAACAACUGUGUCAGAAUAUGGAUGAACCUAACUGUUUUUGAAAAACAUUGGUGUGACAAUUCCAGAAGGAGUCUACCCAACUUAUCAGAUGACUACCAACAAAUAUUACGUACGGGACCCAGUGACAGUCUGACCUGUCAUCUGUACUUUCCAGAGACUUGUGUUUUGGGUCCAAUAAUGUGGUAUAAGGAUUGUAAAGAGAUCACAGAGACACGGUUUGUUCCUGUGGAAAUGAAGCUCGUUGUGUAUGAUGUCUCUGCAGAGGACAGCGGGAGCUAUGCGUGCGCAGCCGAGCUGACACAUGCCGGGAGAGCAUACAGGGUUCUGAACAGCAUCAACGUGAGCAUCGCAGGAAGAGUUGGAAAUGAAAGAAGAAUUCCUAAAAUAAUUUAUCCAAAAAACAAUUCCAUUGAAGUACAACUUGGCUCCACUCUCAUUGUGGACUGCAACAUAACAGACUCGAAGGACAACACCAACCUGCGCUGCUGGAGGGUCAACAGUACUUUGGUGGACACCUACUACAGUGAAUCCAAGCGCAUCAGAGAGGGAAUCGAAACCAAUGUUUCUUUUCCGGAACACAUUUUCUACACGGUAAACAUAACCUUCUUAGAAGUGAAAAUGGAAGAUUACGGACUUCCAUUCAUGUGUCACGCCGGAGUGUCCACAGCCUACUUCAUGCUAACGCUCCCAGCUCCAGAUUUCCGCGCUUACCUGAUAGGAGGGCUGAUUGCUUUGGCCGUUGUGGUCACAUCUGUUCUAUGCAUCUACAAUUAUUUUAAGAUCGACAUUGUACUUUGGUAUCGGAGUGCCUUCAGUUCCACCAAGGCCAUGGAAGACGGGAAGCUGUAUGAUGCAUACGUCUUGUACCCCAAGCCUCAAAAAGAAAGCCAGAGGCACGAUGUGGACACUCUAGUGUUGAAGCUGCUGCCCGAGGUGCUGGAGAGACAGUGCAGAUACAAGUUGUUCAUAUUCGGCAGGGAUGAAUUCCCCGGACAAGCUGUGGCCCAUGUCAUUGAUGAAAACAUUAAGCUGUGCAGGAGGCUGAUCCUCAUUAUAGUCCCCGAGUCGCCCAGCUUUGGUCUGCUAAAGAACAUGUCAGAAGAACAAAUUGCCGUCUACAACGCCCUCAUCCAGCUUGGGAUGAAGGUCAUCCUGAUUGAACUGGAGAAGAUUGAGGACUAUACCACCAUGCCAGAGUCGAUUCAGUACAUGAGACAGAAGCACGGGGCCAUCCAGUGGACGGGGGACCUCACAGAGUCAUCGCAGUGUGCCAAGACCAAGUUCUGGAAAAGAGUGAGAUACCACAUGCCGCCCAAAAGGUUCCCGCCUCCUCCAGUCCAGCGGCUGAAGCUCGUACCCUGCAAUUUCCCAGCCGGCAAAUGGAGACCAAGAUGGGGCUCAUCAGCUGCUGACUGAGAAUUGUCCCCUCUUGGUAUCUCGUGGCUGGCCAAGGAUGCAUUUCAUUUGGGCUGUCUGCCCCAAGGCUUGCUCUUUGCACUGCUUGGUUGGUUGGUCUUGAUCAGACUUAGUUUUUUAGGGAAAGAUAUCAGUUCUCCGGGGGCCCGUUAACGGGUCCUGGAGACUGGUGAGCUCUCACUGAGCAAGGGAUGCAUGUGGCAUGGCGGCCCCAGGGGAAUGAGACACAGAGGUCUGUCGAGUGGAUAUACAGAGUCUGAAAGCUUGACUGUGAGUUCUGAACUUGGAGCUGGGGUAGCCUAGGGAUGGCAGGAGGGGAGCCAGUGACUUGAGGAAGACUGGCCAGAAGCACACUUCGUUUCUGCCCACCCAGUGUCCCCAGGGCUCUGCUCCUCGGCAGUAUCUGAGGUGCUGGAGUCCCCCUUCCUCGCUCCUCCAGGGCAGGCAAACAGUGUCACCACAGUUUUGGCCUGGUGUCCCCGGAAGCUACUUUGCGGUCAGCUAGAACAGUGGGAGACCCCCAGGGGUACCUCUAUGAGUGUCCUGUGGUCACCCACCCAGGGGACCCUGUCCUUUGAAAGACUUUACCUGCCAAACCAAAAUAAGUGAGAUUUUUUUUUCUUUUUUUAAACCAGAGGAUGAACCCUGGGGGCAGUUAACCACUGAGCAACAUCUCCAGCCAGCCCCUAUUGUUUUUUAUUUUGAGACAGGGUCUUACUAAGUUGCU